AUGUGUUGUGGAGUUAGUAACUCUACUGAUCUAGUCAAAUGUAAAGAGGACUGUAAAGAGAAGUGUAAAGAGGACUGUGAAGAGAAGUGUAAAGAAGACUGUGAAGAGAAGUGUAAAGAGGACUGUGAAGAGAAGUGUAAAGAGGACUGUGAAGAGAAGUGUAAAGAGGACUGUAAAGAGAAGUGUAAAGAGGACUGUAAAGAGAAGUCUAAAGAGGACUGCAAAGAGAAGUGUAAAGAAGACUAUGAAGAGAAGUGUAAAGAGGACUGUGAAGAGAAGUGUAAAGAAGACUAUGAAGAGAAGUGUAAAGAAGACUAUGAAGAGAAGUGUAAAGAGGACUGUAAAGAGAAGUGUAAAGAGGACUGUGAAGAGAAGUGUAAAGAGGACUGUGAAGAGAAGUGUAAAGAGGACUGUGAAGAGAAGUGUAAAUAG